AUGCUGUCUGUUUUUAUUUCAGUCCAGGCAAAUCCAACCAAAUCUCCUGCCUUCAGAAACAGCAGCGAAUCCAACACAACUGCAAAGCCAGAAACUCGGAGGCUGCGUUUGAUGGAUGGAGGAAGCAACUGUUCUGGCAGGGUGGAGUUUGAAUAUAAUGGUGUUUGGGGCACUGUGUGUGAUGACAACUGGGACCUGGCUGAUGCUGGAGUUGUGUGCCGGCAACUGAACUGUGGUUGGGCCAUUCAGGCUCUGAAUGCCUCUCAUUUCCAGAAGGGAACUGGCCCCAUCCAUUUGGAUGAAGUGAAAUGUUUGGGGAAUGAAUCUUAUUUAUGGGACUGUCCAUCAGAGAAAAACCAGGACUGUGGACACAAGGAAGAUGCUGGUGUGAUAUGUUCAGAGCACCAAAAGUGGCAGCUGUCAGGCGGACUAGAUGCUUGUGCCGGCCGCUUGGAGGUCCAUUACAAGGGCAUCUGGAACACCGUAUGCGAUGGGAACUGGUACCAGGACGAGGCUGAUUUGCUCUGCCAUUCCUUGGGCUGCAGUGACAAGGCCUUAACCACAAAGGUGUCUUUCAGCCACACGCUGCCGGGCAAGAUACUUUAUCAGUGUAUUGGGACUGAAGACUCACUCGCCAAUUGUAAAUUGCACCACAACAAAUCCAAGCUGUGUCACCAGUUCAGAGCUGCUGGCGUGAUAUGCAAUGGCUCACUGGGCUUGGGGGAUCCUACAGAAACACCAAGGACAGUAACGCUGGCUUCGGUCCCCCACCUGCCCAGUCCAGCUUCGACUAGACCGGAGAACUUGGAAGUUACCCCAUCAUACCAGAUGCUGCAAAUCCUCUCCAUUGUCCUGGGGCUCCUCCUUUUUUUGGCCGUUCUGAUGCUUAUCAUCACAGUUGUGCUGAACAGGCGAAGGAAAAAUGGUACCUUUGAUUGUGCCGUUUCCUCCGCCUCAGUAUCAGCCCCUGUCCUGGUGAAUCACAGCGUGCAGAUCACAGCCCCCGGAGCAAGUAACGACUAUAGGGAAAUCCCCACAAGCCUCCCCAAAGAAGAAGGUAUCAGAAGCUAUUCUACACCUCUUAGUGAAGACUCUGACUCUGACUAUGAACACUAUGACUUCAACAACAAGCCGCCCAUGGCCCUCUCUACCUUCUACAAUUCUCUUCGCUACCUAGCAACUGAUGAAGAUAUUCCUCCAUGCAAUUUCGUCAUGCCAACUUUGCAUGCAGAGCAGGAGAGCACACAGCCAGCCUCAGAGAGCUAUCCACAUGAGGCACAACCUACAGCUGAAGACAGUGACAGCACAUCUUCUGGAGAUGCUGAAUGGUAUGAGAACAUCCCGAGACCAGAGCAACAGGGAGACCCCGUAGAAAACGAACCUUCCGUUGGAGGCUUGACAAUGUUUUCCAGACCUUUGGUGAACCGUGAGGCUGGGCCUGGGAAUGACUCAUUUGACAGCAGCGAUUAUGAUGACAUGUGGUCCUAAGGGGCAGGGUUCCUGCAGGGCUGCAGCAGCUCCAUCUGUCUCCCUAGGACCUCCUUCUUCAGAAACAGCUAAGGAUGACAAGCCUGAGAAUUGAAAGAGACUAGUUUCCACAGGGCUCAACUGCAAGGA